AUGAGUUUGGUGGUGAAGGCGACUGAACUAGAAGUGAAGCCAUGGCUGAGGCAGGUGGACCUUCGAUCUGUAGGAGCAAUGGUGAUUGGCCUUGUAAACCGGUCAUCAGGUGAGGCGGCGAGAGAUGGUGCGCACCAAUCUGCAGGGGCGACAAGGGCUGCGGCGGUGAAGCCUGUAAUCGUUGGUGAUGUUGAUGAUGUUUCUGUGGGUACGGCGAUGAAGGUAUUCGUGAUCCGUAUGGAGAGUAUGGCUACGGAGGCAGGUAAGACGGUGAAUGUCGGCGAUAAGAAUGAGAGGGCUCUUGUGAGCUUCAAUGUAACAGUGAAUGGUACCAUGAAUCCUAUAGGGAUUCAACAAGUGCAUGGGAUUGGGGGUUGUGAUGUUUCUCGGGGGAAUUGGGUUCAUGAUGAUUCAUACCCUCUUUAUGAAGCUUCUAGCUGCCCCUUCAUUGAGAAGGAGUUUGACUGUGUAAAGAAUGGUCGCCCAGACAAGGACUAUCUCAAAUACAGAUGGCAGCCACUUGGCUGUAAUUUACCAAGAUUCAAUGGAAUUGAUCUUUUGAGGAGGCUAAGGGGGAAGAGCAUCAUGUUUAUUGGGGACUCAUUGAGUCUGAACCAAUGGCAAUCACUCACUUGCUUGCUUCAUACGGCUGUUCCAACUGCCAAAUACACAUCGGUCAGGUCUGGAGAACUCUCCACAUUCACAUUUCCGGAAUACAAUGUUAAGGUGUUGUUCUCCCGCAACCCCUUUCUGGUGGACAUUGUCAGCACAAGUUCUGGGCGAGUCCUCAAACUUGACUCAAUCUCACUUGAAAACCAGAAACUGUGGACAGGAGUUGACGUCAUGAUCUUCAACACAUGGCAUUGGUGGCUUCAUACCGGAAGAAAGCAAGCAUGGGAUCUUAUCGAAGAAGGGGGCAAAAUAAUUGGGAAGGACAUGGAUAGGUUGGUUGCCUAUGAGAAGGCUCUCAACACUUGGGCAACAUGGGUAGACUCCCAAGUGGACCCUGCAAAAACCAAGGUCUUCUUCCAGGGUGUUUCCCCAGAUCAUUCUAAUUCAUCAGACUGGGGUGAUCCAAAAGCAGGAAGCUGCAAUGGACAAACAGAACCACUUCCAGGUCCAAGCUAUCCUCAUGUACAUCCAGCAGAGAAAGUAGCAGAGAAAGUAUUACGCGCCAUGCCAAAGCCAGUCCAAUUGCUUGAUGUCACAAAUCUUUCACAACUAAGAAAAGAUGGGCACCCCUCUUUCUAUGGCCUUGGUGGGCACAGAGCCUCGGACUGCAGCCAUUGGUGUUUAGCUGGAGUUCCUGAUACUUGGAACAUUCUUCUUUAUGCAGAUCUUGCAGGAAGUUAAUUUGUUAGUUCAUUGUUUAUGGCGAUUUACAAGCAUGGUCAAAGAAUACGAUACUGGCCGGAAUAAAAGUUGUAUCACAUAUUCACUUGAGAUGAAAUUCAAUUAGCUAGGACAAAGUUUUAGGUGUGACUGGGAAAUUCAUGAGUGAUUGUAUUGCUUAGCAUUACUCGAUGAGAAUUACAGAGUGCAUUUUCAA